CGUUGGCACUGGCGUUCGCCUUCGUUUGGGUUGUUGUAUGACACGGCUGAGUUUGGUGUGUCAUUCGGUUCGCUACCUCGCUCGUUGACGGAUGUGAGUGCAUGAGAACGGAGCGGUGUUUAUUGUAGUAGGAAAUCAACAGUAAUCACAAAACAAAUUAACAACGGAAGAGGAGCAAGAAAAAAAUAAAAAACAAUUGUGCGAAAGUGUCGAAUAAGAAAGCAAAAAGUUAUAAAAAAAAAUAUUAUCAAACAAUUUCCAACGGAAAAUCGACAAGUGUUGUUGUAGAACAUUAAGCGCCGCAUAUUACGCAAAUAUUAUUGGAAAUACAUACAUACACAUGUAAAUAAGCUGGAAAGCAUUUACUGUUCAACUGUGCGCAGGUGUUGCAAGUGUGUUUUGUGUGGCAAGUGUCAUUGAAGGCUCAAAACCGCGCAGCUUAUUAGAUAUUAAAUUUAAAAAUCUAAACAAAAAAUAAGCAGUGACAAGGCAUAUGCAAUUAUAUGUAGCGGAGAGUGAUUUUUUCUAAGAUAUAAACUGAAAAUAAAAUAUUAAAAAUAAAAGCAAAAAAAAAUUAAAUUUUUAAACAAAAAUAAGCGCAAAAAAAUUAAAAAAAAAAUAACAAAAAAAUUAAAAGCGCUGCUUGAACUUAAAAAGCUUGAAGAUACAGCUGGUUCUAAAUAACAAAAAUAAAAUUUAAGAAUUUUUUGUGGUGAAAAAAUACAAAAACGGUUGAGUCUAAUUCAAAAUUUUAUUUUGAAAAGGAAAAAAUAAUAAAUUUGAAAAGAAAAAAAGUUAUUUUAAAAAGGAAAAAGAAAAAUUUGAAAAAAAAAUUAAUUUGCAAAACAAACACAUUUAAAUAAAAAAGUUGGAAAAAUUUUAAAAACAAUAAUUUAUUAAAAAAGCAAUAAUUUGUUUAAAAAAAAGUUGAACAAAAAAGCUUAACUUUAAUUAAAAAAACAAAAAUUACAAAAAAAAAUUAAACCCUAAAUUUAAUUAAAAAACAUUAAAAACCAACAAUUCACGGAGCAAAAAUUAAAUUUCAUACAUUACUACAAAAAAGUGUUGAAAAAAUAAUAAAUCACACACAGCACUUCGCAAAAGUGUUGAAACAACUCAAACUCAAGUGUUAUUACACCCCCCGUAACCCCCAAAAACGCAACAGUGUCAACCAACUGACACGCUAAACUGCCGCGGAAGCGUAGAAAAGGCCAAUUAGUACAACAAACAACAAGCAAUUUAGCUUAGACGGCCCAACACCCGCUACCAACGUGCAAACGGCGUGUCAAAGCGCCGCGAAACGCUAAAAAACAGCUUGUCGACGGAUUAAAGCAACAAACAAAAUAUCAUUAUUGUUGUUAGUGUGCUGGUUAGGCAAAUCGUACGCUAAACCCAGGGAUAAAUCGCAGUAUAAACGUCAGAAGUGUAUAAGUGAGUGAUAAAAAUUGGAAAAAAUAAACAGUUAUAAUCCUAAAACACAAAUAAACUGUUAAUUGCAAUAAUAAUUGCAAAAAAAACCAAAUUACAACUACAAAUAAUAGUUGCAACGGUUAAAGAACGAAUUAAGUAAAUAUUAAAAAACACAAACACAAUAUAUGGCCAAUACAAAAACGGCAACAGCGACAGCAAGUGCAACAGCUAUUGGCGGCAGCGAGCAACAAUUCUGUAUGCAAUUAAAUGCUUCAGAAUUAACGGCGAUCAUAAUGAAAGGUUCACCCAAUUCCAACGAUCGCGAUGCUGGCUUCUGCUCCGGCAGUUCUGAGGGCGGCGACGAUCUCGACCGCAUGGAGCAUGCGCGCCUCGAAAGCAGCGGCAGUCCCACCAGCCCCACCGAUGCGACAACAGAGACCUCCGAGGAUUCCGUUGAAGUCAAAGUCACACCAAUUGCGCUGGUGCGCAAUAAACGCAAAAGUUCGGAACCCUCUAAGGUGGUGGACGCAAGCGCGACGUCUGUUGCGGCGGGCGCGCUUGCGCCUGCACUCGCCACGGCGCCACUGAAGAAACGCAUACGUUAUACCUCGACGACAGAUUCUGCAGUGGUGUUGACACCGCCAGCGCUUGCGACACCGCCACCAACGCACGGCAUCUGGGAUCCUAGUCAAGUGUUACCUCAUGAAUUGAUGCCAAAUCCAGCGCAGGUGUUUGUGCGACAUCCGGGUGUCACGACACUGCAUCGCAUACCUGCCACCACCGUCGAAGAGCAAUUGGAGCCGCUAGCGCUAGUUGCGAAGAAACCAACAACCACAAGCAGUGUUAAGGUUGAGUGCGAUCAAGCGCAUGCGUAUGCGCCCAACAAAUGCGCGCCUGCCAGCGAUGAGUCAGCGCCGUCCGUUUAUGUGCCGAAGAAGCAACAGGCAACGGCAAAUAGUCAACUAAAGUUCCAUGUCAACAGCGAGUCCGUACCGCUGGCGUUAACGACGAGCGCGCAUCACUUGAACGCUGCGCGGGACGAGCACGCGCUGCAACAACAGGCUAGCGCUAAUGGCAGCGCACUGCAAUACAAUAAACCCGGCAGCGCAGCGGAUGAGACGCCCAGCGGUAGCGGCGGUAGUAUUGGCAGCGGCAGCGCGCGUCCGCAACAACGUAACUAUAAGAAUAUGACACGCGAAAGACGUAUAGAGGCGAAUGCGCGCGAACGCACGCGCGUGCAUACCAUCUCGGCGGCAUAUGAGACGCUGCGACGUGCUGUGCCCUCCUAUUCGAAUGCGCAGAAAUUGUCAAAGCUUUCGGUAUUGCGCAUCGCUUGUUCCUACAUUUUGACGUUGAGCCGCAUGGCUGGUGAGGAUUACAGCGCUGAUGGUUCUGAGCCAUCGCUGGCCGAUUGCUUCGAUGCGGUCACCGAAACCAUACAGACUGAGGGCAAGAUCAGAAAGAAGAAGGACGAAUAAGCGCUAAGCGGCGAUAAAGUGAAAGCUAGUUAGCAAGCAGGUUUCAAUAGUGCGUUUAGCACAUAAGACUUUAUUUUUAGACUUGCUGAUUUUCCUACUGAGCAAUUAAGUAAAACAAUAAAUAAUAAAAUAAAAAUUAUUGUGACUGAAGCUUUUAAGCACUGACGCUUAAAAGCGUACGAAGCUUUUGCGUGUGCGAAGUGAAAGCUCAACUGUGUGAGCAAGUGUAAUAAAGCUUUAAAAGCGUUGAUAUGGCUUACAAAAAACGAUCAGUUAAUACUAGUAUGGCAUGCGAACGAUGAAAGCUCGCAUGAAAGCUCAAUCGAUUUGAUAUUAACUAAGUAAUAAUUAUUUUGAUAAGUAUGAUUGUAUGAUGUGAUGACGCUUUCGGCAAUGAGAAGUUGUAAAAAACACGAGGUUAAAAUUUUUUGUAAAUUUAUUUGUAUGCCAGAGAGAGCAGAGCAGAGUGAUGUAGGAGAGAGAAAGGGAGAGUGGUUUGUCAAAGAGUAUGAACAUGAUAAAGGUAAAGAAAGGAAAACAGUACAAAAACGUAGCGGUAAACUAAAGUAAGCGAAAGCAGAAAAUAUUGUAUGCGGCAUAACGGUUUUGAGUCUUAGAGCAGAAAACAAAUAGUGAUAAAAGUUAUAAAAAAAAUUUUAAAUUCUUAAAUUUUUUUACAUGUAAAAAAGACUAAUUUGAAUAAAAUCUCCAAUAUUUUUUAAUAAAAAAAGUACCGUUACAAAAGCAUGUCGCUUGCUUUUCAAAAAAAAAAAAAAAAAAAACAAAAAUCGCUCAAUUACCGCCAAGACAAUAAUUAUAAACUAACGGUAAAUAUUCGAAACAAAAAUAAUAAUAAUUUUAAAAUUUUUUACAACAACAAAUGGCAGCUUUUCAUUGCUACAACACACUCGAAUGACAAUAACUAUAUUAUAAAAAUAUUGAUACAAAAAAAACAAAAGAUUUUCAAAACAUUUUCUCAAUAAAGUUUUCAAAAGCUCCUACAUAUGUAUUUAUAAAAUUUCAACUCUACUCUCCAUUUAUUAUAUAACAACAAUGGCUCUUUCGCUCCUGUACAAAUUAAUGUAAUUGUUGCAUGCAACCACACAACACGUAUGUUCACUACUACAUAUACAUACUAUAUAAAUAGAUUUAAAGAUAUUUAUGUCGCUCUAGCUACCCUAAAUCAAGCUAUAUAUAUUAUAUAACUUUUAUGUAUGUACUAUGUAAUGUUAAAUUUAUGAAGAAAAAAAUCCUAUUGCUACUUUUUUGUGAAAAUAAGCUGCAAGUAAUUUUACUCUAAUAAUUAAUAUAUUUAAUAUUUAACUGUAAUCUCAUUGUUUUUAGUCUCUAAGUUGAAGUGCCAUAAAAUGUGUUGAGAGAAGAGAGCAAAACAAAAACCACAAACAGCAAUUACAAGAACUUCAAAAAAUUUUUGCAAACAAAAAAAAAAGAUAGUUGAGAAAAGAACACAACAACAAAACAAAAACAAUGAAAAUAAAGUUCAAGGCUACACUUUAUGGUGUCUACAAAUAUUGAAAAAUCUAAAA